UCUCUCUCUCUCUCUCUCUCUUUAUAUUUACUCUGCCCACAAUCCAAAUCUAGGGUUUCAAUUAUCAUCUCUCUUUCUCUCUCUCAAAUUUAUUUUAAUGUGGUUGAGAGUAGUUGGGGAGCUGUAACUGAGCUGAAAGUAGUGUGGUUGGAUUGAUAUGGGUUUUUCUCAUUUACUGAAUUAGCCUUUAAUUGAGUGUUCCAUUAUGUCAAAAUUCACUCCUUUAUGAGUUGUUCUUUUUCCUUUUUGUUCUGUUGGCGUUAUUUUGUCAGGGAUUGAUUUAGGAUAAAAAAAGAGAAUCUUUAGUUUGCAUUUUACACAUUAUUAAGUGCAUGGAUGGCAGAGAAGGAAUGGCUUAUCCAGGUUCAGCUUCAUACUACCUCAACAGAGGCGCUGGUCCCGGAAACCCAGUGCCGGGCCCAAAUAUCCACGGCGGGCCCAGUGGCGGCCCUCAACCAGCGGGCAUACGCACACACACACCACCUGUUUUCAAGAACCUCUCAAACCCAAACAUUUCGGUCCAGCCCAAUGUAGGGUCCAGCAGUGGUGGUGGUUCUGCCAGUGGCAGCCCGUCCUUCCAUAUGGAUAACCCGUCAGCGAAUUUCUCCCAUGGCAAGAGUAUUGCUGUUGUGCCUGCUGCCGGGCUACUUGGUGGUGAGCCCGUGAAGAAAAAGAGGGGUCGGCCCAGGAAAUAUGGGCCAGAUGGGUCUAAUAUGUCUUUAGGUUUGUCCCCACUUUCUGGCUCCAGGAAUUCGUCCGGGAGGAAUAUGAGCUCGGGCGAAAAGAGACCGAAAGGGCGGCCCCGAGGGACGGGAUGGAAACAGAAGCUUGCCCCUCUCGGUGAGUGGAUGAAUAGCUCAGCUGGACUUGCGUUUACACCACAUGUCUUGCGAGUCGCUGUUGGAGAGGAUAUUGCAGCAAAAAUACUGGCAUUUGCACAGCAGAGGGCUAGAGCUUUAUGCAUUAUGUCGGGUAAUGGUUCAGUUUCUGCACUAACAUUACGUCAACCUACAACAUCAGAGGCAACCGUCACUUACGAGGGGCGUUUUGAGAUACUUUGCUUGUCUGGUUCUUACUUGGUAGCUGACAAUGGUGGUCCCCGCAAUCGAACGGGUGGUAUAAGCAUUUCUGUUAGCAGUCCAGAUGGGCAUAUUAUCGGUGGUGCAAUUGGUGGUAGGCUAACUGCAGCAAGCCCAGUGCAGGUGGUUGCGUGCAGUUUUGUAUAUGGCAAUACUAAACCUAAGCCCAAUUCAGACUCGGGAGCUCCAAAAAACGCGUUCGACCAAUCUGCCGAGCAACCUCCUUCCCCAAUCACGGGCCCUUCGGUUAGGAUUUACAAUCCAAAUUCUGGACCAAGUGCUUGGCCACCGGGUUCACGCCCAGAAGUGAAAAAUUCCCAGACGGAUAUUGACCUAAUGCGCGGAUGAUGAUUCAAGAAUACAACAUGCAACAUGAGCGUUUCUUUUUUUUUUCUUUUUU